AAGGUGACUCUCCUCUCGGCUGGGGGAUGCAGAGGGAGUCCAUCCGCCCCGCUACACGAUCCUCAUCCGGGGAACAUCUGUUCGCCUCAUUCGGGGCUAGAUAACCGCCCCCCCCCCUCCCCCUGCGGCGUCCUCGCCGGUAUCGUCUUCUAUUUUUUUUUUUUUUUUGCUCCGCUUAGAGGACACAGCAAGCCGCCAGAAGAAGACGGGCGCCUCUCUGCAUGCAUGACUUCUGCACCGUGCGGGCGGAAAAAGCGCCCCCGAUCCGCCGGCAGCGUCUUGCCCGUCACCAGAGGGCCGACGACGGAUUCGGAGCACCGGGAGAGCACCGUGGACGUCAGCAGGAUGACUGUGCAGGAAUUCAACACCCUGGUGGCGCUCUACCGGGAACAGGUCAUUUCUGUGGGUGAGAUGUCAGCCGACUGUCCCUCCCUGCGGGCUCAGAUGCACUACACGCGAGCGAAAGGAUGCUCGAUGGCCCGGGCUGCGCAUCAAGACCUCGCCCUCAUCGCUGUGUCUGGCCCGGAGGACGGAGAGAUACACCCGGAGAUAUGCCGGCUUUUCAUCCAGCUGCAGUGUUGCUUGGAGAUGUUCAUCACGGAGAUGUUGAAGUCCAUGUGCCUGCUGGGGGUGUUGCAGCUUCACAGAAAAAGAACCGACUCCGAGCCGAAGAUGGACUUCAGGGUGGAUGAAAGUUCGGAUGUUCCCAUCCUCGAGGACCGCUCCUCCUCACCCAUCGACUACCCUCACGAUCCGUGGCUGGUGGGAGUCCACAUUGAAAACAUUGAGAGACCAAAUUUAAACAAACUCCUCACUUUGAUAUCCGCCGGUCUGUCUUGUUUUUGCGAUCGCUACCCCUGGAGCCCAUGGUCUGCCUGCUCCCGGACAUGCAACCACGGCACGCAGAGCAGACAAAGGCAAGGGGUGCCCCCUUGGUUGACGCUAAACAGCUCAAAAUCGAUAGAUUUACAAAAGUUACGGACCAGGGCGAUCCAGACGCCAUCCCAGUUUGGUGGCGCGUCAUGCGAUGUGGAACUAAUGGAAGAGAGGCCCUGUUAUCCUGCCACAGAGUGCAAGCUGGCACCAAUCGACUGCGGAGACAACUUCAAAUGCGAAAACGGACGCUGCAUCAACGCCACACUCACUUGCAACAAACAGAACGACUGCGAAGAUAACUCUGACGAGAGGGAUUGCGCCGACUUCAAAGUUGUGUGUCCAGCCGAGAAGAGAGUGGCUCCCGGUGCUGACCUGGUGGGGAACGGGUUCGAUGCGCUGGCAAAUGAGCCGCGAGGGGCCGUCCUGGACAACAUGUUCAUGGGAGGAAGCUGUAUCAUCAGGAGGCCUCAGAGCACGCUGCUUUACCAUCGGAUACCGCACAACUUUGAGAGCUUUGACAUUCAGGCUGGCGUGAUGGAAGACUUCAGCACGGAUCCCCGCCCUCUGCACUCCGAGUCCAUUCAUGUGAAGAAGUCCAAUGAGGAGGAGAGAAACCAAGACGUCUUUUUCUUUGGACGGCGGUUUGUGACGUCACAUAUAAAGUCAAAGGACGCGUUCGAAGCGUCAAAGAAAUCGGAUUCCAUGUUUUUCCGGGUGCACCAGGUUCUGCCUGUGUCCACCUUCAAAGUUCGGGAUCCAAGCGAUUUGGUCUUGUCCGGACCGUUCCUCAAGUUCCUCCACGCUCUUCCCGUCGAAUACAACUACGGCCUCUACAGAAACAUCUUUCAACGCUUUGGAACUCAUUACUACAGCUCAGGGACACUUGGAGGCCUCUAUGAUCUGCUCUACCAGUACAACCGAGAGGAGCUUACCAGUUCAGGUGAAACGGAGGAACAUGUUAAAGGCUGUCUGGGCCGAGAGACCAAAUGGAGAAUCGUUCUGGCUCAAGGGAGGGCUCUACCGAUGUGCGCCGACAACAAAAUGACUCAAAAAUAUCAAGGCUCAUACAUCCAGGCAGCGGAGAAGUCCUACUCUGCGGUGAAAGGCGGACGGGCCAGAGAGGCGGCGUCUCUGGCAAGUGAGAGGCAAGGCCCCGCUCCUGAUCGAACCUCCUUCAAGAACUGGGCCAAGUCUGUCCUCGAUAAUCCCGCUGUGGUUGAUUUCAAGGUGCAGCCAAUCCUAGAUCUGGUGCGGGGGAUCCCGUGUGCGGCCACAAAGAGGAGGCACUUGACCAAAGCCUUGCUGCAGUACUUGCAAGAGUUUGAUACCUGCAAGUGCGCCCCCUGCCCCAACAAUGCCAGAGCCUUUCUCUUUGGGACUGAGUGCAAGUGUGCCUGCCAGACCGGCACAUUUGGGCCCAACUGCGAGCAGAGAGCUCCUGACUACGAUUCAGAGGAAGUCGAUGGCUCCUGGAGCUGUUGGGGACCAUGGAGUCGCUGUGGCGCCUUCAUGAAGAGACAUCGCAGAAGGAGGUGUGACAACCCUGCCCCCCUGAGAGGAGGCCAACCCUGCAAGGGUCCCGACAGCGAUGAGGAACCGUGUCACAUCUCCCUUUUCAAACCACAUGAAACAUGUGACAACGAUGAUGACUUCACGACCGGACGGAGGGAGGAGCUUCCUCCUGGUGUGCAGGGUUGUCGCAGGCCAAAGCCUCCUGACAACAGCUUCCUCAGGAAAGCAAAGCAAUACUAUAAUUUUGGCGAGGAUGAAGAGUUCCAGUGUUUCACAGGAUUUGAGCUGGUGGGUUUCCAGUUCAUCAAUUGUCUCCCUGACGGGACGUGGAGCCAAUCAAAAGGAAGCUGCCUAAGAAAGAUAUGUCUUCCCCCCGAUAUUCCUGACGGCAUGACGUUGUUCCCCAGCAAAGAAGAGUACAAAGUGGCCGAUUCGGUGGGUUUGAACUGCGUUGAGGCGGGUUUGUCGCCGCUGCCUCGAGGCUUUUACAGGUGCAGCGACGCUCUCACCUGGGAACCUCCGUUACCUGCAGGAUUGCACUGCACCGAUGAGGAACCUUUUGAACCGGAUAGUCAGUGUGGUCCAGGGGAGAAACACCAAGGCUCCCGGUGUGUCUGCAUACCGCGGGAGAAUUGCCUAUCCGAACCACAGGAUCUCUGUAUCCUGAACACUGACAUCAACGUCACUGUGCCGAUGUCCCUCUGCUCCUUCAACGCCGGCCGUUGCCACGGCGAUCCACUCUUCUUUGUCUCCGAAGGCGCUUGCGACACCGUGGAUCCGGAUAAACUGGAGUGGGCCCGUUUCCGAGCCAAGUUUGCCUCCAAGAGUUCUCUCAAAGAGUCGUGUGAUCUUGACACGUGUUAUGAAUGGGAGAGAUGUUCAACAUCUCAGAAGUGUGAGUGCAUUGCUGCUCGCGAGUGUCCCCAAGUUGAGAAGCACAAGUUCUGUCUGAUGCUAACCAGGAUCCAGAGGACUCGCAGUGUGGACCUUUGCUCCAUGGCUGCUCUGAAGUGUGCCAACUAUCAAUUUGAGAUCCUCAAUGAAGGUGUGUGCGAAUCCUGAUCACCUAAAAAAAUGAUGUCAUUAUACUUUUGUGAAAAAUUACAUUUUCAAAAAAGCAAAAUACAUGAUACAAUAAUAAAUACUCCUGCCAUAAUUCUAAAUGACCAGAAAAUAUGUGCAUUGGAGUUUUAAAUAAGCUAAAGAUGGACUGCCGAAAUCAGGCCCACCUAAAUGCACUGACAAUACAACAGAUUAUGGAGAAGCAAGUGUACUUUGGAAGCAUUUUUGGAUUUUUGACGUUCUCGCGAGCUUGCCACGGCUGCCUUGUUCUAUUCUGCCACUCUUUUUCAUUCAUACGUUUUGAACCCAUUUAGUGAAUCACUUCUGUUUGCUCUCAACGCUUUUCAAUGUCAUGAAAAAUCAUGUGAUGCUACGUGCGUGACAGACAUAAUACGGGCUAAAUAGAGACUGAGACAUGUUUCACAAAGCGUUACGAUGAGUGUCGCAAAAUGGAUGAACGUCGUUGCCAAAGAUUGCAAUUUGCUUGGACACAAUAAAGACAUGACAUGACAAUCUC